CUCAUGGGUUCCACGGUUGUUCGUUCACCAAUCUCAAGCAAGGGUAAAGUGUACGAAUUGGACCACGUUCUCUGGUCCUCCGCCGUGCGUUGCUAUCCUUUCGGUGGUCAUGCACGUUUGAAGCUCUGGUACGGUACAGUUCGGCAUGCAGCGGUGUUCGUAAUAGCGAACGGGGCUGUUUAUUUGGUAGAUGUCCUUGACGUAGCAAGAUGGUAUUUGCGAACGGCGAUCCAAUAGCACUAGCACUCAGUGCACCAAAGUGCGCGUAAGAUCGACUCGAGGUGUUGCCUUUCUCUCUCAGCUCCAUUUAGCCAGUUAUGGCUGUUGAAGAGGAUACCCUGUCUGGCAUAGUUUUCAGAAUGUUUCGUACAGCUUGUCAAACUCAGGUGUAAUUAAGAAAAACGGAUCGUCCGUUUCAUCAGUCGGGAAAUUUGCGUGAACUCAUACAUUAUCCGCGAGGACAAGUCGACCUGCAUCAAUGUUUGAAGAUUACAUGCCUUGUAACCGUGCAUACGUCGGCACCGCGCUGUAGGCCACAUACCGCCAGACAGUGUUAUUGUCUCAAGCCUGGACGUACACAUAAGAUGACCGGGGCACAGUCCUGUGUAAUCAAA